GCUCGUUUUGUCGUGAUUUUCUCUUGAAUUCUUAAGACUUCUGUAGCUAAACGAAAAGAAAUACUUUCUUUUUUUCCUUUUUCUUUGAAGUGUGAACUUUAAUAUUUGCAUCUUUCGUCAAUGGCUGUUUCUGGAUUCGAAGGAUUUGAGAAGAGGCUUGAGUUAAACUUCUCCCACGAUGAUCCGGCGAUAGGGAUAGGUUUCCGGCAGCUGGAUUUUCAGUCUCUUGAGAAAGUGUUGCAUGCAGUGCAGUGCACAGUAGUAUCAGCACUUGGAAAUCAGUAUUUUGAUUCUUAUGUUUUAUCUGAAUCUAGCCUGUUUGUAUACCCUACAAAGAUCAUUAUCAAAACAUGUGGGACCACCCAGUUGUUGAAAUCCAUCCCUCCAUUGCUACAUCAUGCUGCUUCAAUGGACCUUAACAUCUGUGCAUGCAGAUAUACCAGAGGAAAUUUCAUUUUCCCUGAAGAACAACCUUAUCCACAUACAAGUUUUGAAGAAGAAAUUGUUUAUUUGGAAGAGAAUUUGCCUGAAAAUCUUUGCUGUAGAAAGGCUUCUGUGAUGCCUUCAAAGUUAUCUUCUCACUCAUGGCAUGUAUUUUCAGCUUGUGACCAGUCUAAAAUGGUGCUGCACAAGAGCCCAUAUGAUGAUCAGCUCUAUACUUUGGAAGUUUGCAUGACUGGGCUGGAUAAGGUCCUGGCCCGGAAGUUUUUCCGAUGUCCAAAUAGUGGUAAAACCGGAGAUUCUGUCGGAAAAGAGAUGUCGGAAUCAAGCCGUGUAUGUGACAUCAACCCUAAUGCACUAAUUUGUGAAUUUGCAUUUGAUACUUGUGGGUAUUCAAUGAAUGGCAUUGAUGGUGAUCGUUAUUCAACAAUCCAUGUUACGCCAGAGGAUGGAUUUAGUUACGCAAGCUUUGAGUGUGUGGCUUCAAUUUACGACGAUAUUGUGGAGGUGUUGAACAAGGCGGUGCAAGUUUUUCGGCCAGCGACUGUGUCAGUGGCAACCACAUGCACCAACCGUGAAGUGUGGAUGCUAGUGGCAAAGGCAAUCGAACCACUAGGAAUGAAAUUGAGGAGUUGCACCAUGGAUGACAUUUCGGCCGUCGGGAGCAUCGUUUUCCAAGUGUUCACAAGUCGAUGAAUAUAUGUCGUUAGUGGUGAUUGUAGUACUGGUGCAUUGGUUCGAGGGUUAGAGUUUAGUAGAAAUUCAUUUUUUCCUCUUCUUUUUUUUUCUUUUUUUUUUUUUUUUUUAAUAUGGAUAUUAUGCUUGCUAAUUUCAUUAUAUUGGAUGGUUAAUUACUAUUAAAUUUUGGGGAGGGGGGGCGAGGUUAUGGGGAUGAUGUAGGUUUGGCAUGAUAUUGCACCACACUUAAAUUUUGCACGCCUAGAUUUUGAGGGUGCAAUGCUUAGUGGAGAUGAAAGUGGU